UUAAGGAAAUAACCAUGGUCCAGAGACGCUGCUACAUCUCGAAUUUGGAGGCCAAAUGAAGAAAAUUAAAACCCCAAAUGAACGAAAAUGAAGGAUGGAAGGAGGGAGGAAUUACGUCAUGGAAGAAAAGGAUAAAAGAAUAGAAGGAAAUACAUCGAGGAAAGAAAAAAAUGUUUUGUUCUAUUAUUGUUUGAAUGAAUCAGAUAUAGAGUUUAAUGUCUUGUGCGAUUUUUGUUUGCCAUAUUCCUGGUUUAUAGAGGGUCCUUUAUAUCCAAAUGAUCGCAUACUUUAUAUGUUCGUUUCAAGACAGACUAAUUCUACAAUACUUUUUUACUCACCAGAGAAUCACUCAGAAAAAACAUGUCAUGCUAACUAGCCUGCACACUGUCUACUGAAUUAAGAGUUGACAGCGGCUCCGCCAUGGCACUGAAGCUCCCCGUGACUGUGAAGGAUCUGCCGGAAGAGAGAGUCCAACAACGAAAGGCUCAGGGACUCAAUCCUUUACAGGCCAUUGUCUACACUGAGCCUGGCGACGUCCUCCUGCCCGAACCGUACAAGAGGGCGGCAGAAAAGCUGUACAACUUCAAGUACCGCAGCGACGACAUCGUGGUGACCACCUACCCCAAGAGUGGAACGCUGUGGACCAUGGAGCUCGUGUGGGCCAUGACGCACCUGGACCAGUUCCAACUCCCGCAGAAGAAACACACGAACGAGCGCGUGUUCGUUAUUGAUGAUGACUUUUUGGAUAUGGUGAAUGUCGAGAAAGCCAAGCAGAAGUUGGCUAAGGUGCGCCCAGGUCCGAUAGACGAGGAGUGCCUCACUCUCCAGCUCGCAGAGGCUGCUACGGCGCCCAGGAUCAUCUGGACGCACCUGCCCCUCAAGCUUCUGCACCCGGACCUGCUUAACACCUGCAAAGUUGUGUACGUAGCUCGAAACCCAAAGGAUAUUUGUGUCUCAUUUUAUCACUUUCUCAUGGAGUUGAAAGGUCGCUUUUUCUCGGGCACUUUUGAAAACGUAUUGGAUGCCUUCAUAGCUGACAAUCUCUUAUAUGGCCCCUACUGGGACCACAUCCGCCAGGCGAGGCAGCAGAAGGACAACCCGAAUUUCCACAUGAUGUUUUAUGAGGACAUGAAGACCGACAUCCUGCAGGAAUUGAGGAAGCUUAGCACGUUCUUGGGUCUGCAACUUGACGACGCCAUGUUGCUGAAAAUAGCCGACUAUGCCCACUUUGACCGCAUGAAGAGCAACUCCGAACUGAGACCAAAGCUUCUGAACUUCGAAGGCAACCACUGCCGGCGCGGGCAGGUCGGCGACUGGGCCCGGAUCGCGACCCCGGAGGCAGAGGCCAAGAUGGACCGCUGGAUUCGAGAGAGCGCCAGAGACUUGGACUUUACCUUCAAAUUCCAAUGAAUGGCAUGCGGGUUUGUUAAUCACGUUCUUGGAAACAAGAGGAGCUGUUUAUUGGUGUCUUGACAUUUGAAUCAUACUGUAUUUUGAUUGUGAAUACCGGCAACUAAUCGCUUUAAUUUUUGCGGUUAUUUGAUAAAGCAAUCUUAGAUGCUUAAACGGGAAGUAUAAUUCGAGUGGAAUUGAUUGGGUUUGCAGGUCAAAAUAAAUUGAAUUAUGGCAUU